UGCGCGGUGACGUCAAGGCAGGGCGAGUCCACAAUGCAGAGCAAGUGAACGAAUUGCGGAGAUCGCCGUGAAUCAAAACACUGAUCUGCAUACUACCUUAAAAUCAUGGAGCAUAUCGGUGACUGAAACAUUCAAAACUUUUAGACUGAAGCAGAGCCUGGAUUACUGGAAAGUAUUGUACCUGCAACAUAAAGUGGGUGUGUAAGGGGUAAUCCUAUUGGUCACUGUAGCUGGCGGCAAGAUGGCGGGAAGAGAGCGCAGUCCACGCCACAGGCCAUGGUCUGUGUACCGAGCCAACACCUUUGACUUGUCAUCUGAGAUGAUGGGUUUAGCGCUAGCAGGAAACAGUCAGGAUCCUGAUGAGCCAGUGCUUGAGUUCAGUCUGGCAUGCAGUGAGCUAAUCACUCCAUCACUGGACCGUAAACCCAGUAGCUUUGUAGCAGUGAGUUGCACCACCCCUCCACAGGCAUUUUGGACCAAACAUGCACAGACUGAAAUUAUAGAGGGCACCAGCAAUCCAAUCUUCUUGAGCAGCAUUGCCUUCUUCCAGGACUCUCUGAUUACCCAGCAGACUCAAAUCAAACUGUCUGUCUACGAUGUGAAGGACCGCUCACAGGGGACUAUGUACCUGCUCGGUUCGGCUAUGUUUACAGUAAAAGAGCUGCUUCAAGACAAACACCACAGGCUACACCUCACACUGCGAUCAGCAGAGAGUGAGCGGAUGGGUAACAUCACCAUCAUCGCAUGGCAGAUGGAGGAGAGGAGAGACCAGCGAGCUCCUCUGGCACGUUCUGACACAGUGAACGGCAGGAUGGUGUUACCGGUGGAUGAAAGUCUGACCGAAUCUAUGGGAGUAAAAGCUAAAUCUGCCUCCUUAUGUAAAGACAGUCUUUUAAAGGCAGUGUUUGGAGGCACUAUUUCACGGAUGUACCGAUUUCCCACCACGGAUGGAAAUCACCUGCGUGUGCUGGAGCAGAUGGCAGAGAGCGUGCUUUCCCUGCACAUACCAAGACAGUUCGCCAAACUACUGCUGGAGGAAGAUGCUGCCAGGGUUUGUGAGCUAGAAGAGUUGGGCGAGUUGUCCCCCUGCUGGGAGAAUCUGAGGAGACAGAUCAUCACUCAGUACCAGACUAUCAUCCUCACCUAUCAGGAGACUCUCAGUAAUCUACAUGAAUACAAGGGUCCUUCCUUCAAAUCUAGCUCUCUAAAAGGAGAGAAAAAACUAGAGUUCAUGCCUACAAACCUCCACGUUCAGAGGAUGAGAGUGCAUGGCGAGUCUGGCUACGAUCGCACAUAUGACGUGGUGACCACAGGGGCUCCUGCGGCGCAUCAUCAGGGCUUUAAGGGCAGUGGACUGAGGAAACUCAUUCAGAAAUUUGAGGAAGCCAAAAAGCAUGCGAAUGAGGGUGAAGGUGCUGGGGAGUCAGCUCCACUCUCAAUGCGAUACCAGCCACAGGAUGUGGUGAAAGCUAAAGAAAUCAUUUCCCAUAUUAACACUCUAAAGACGCAGGUCAGUUACUACACUGAGCGGCUGUCCCGCGCUGCCAAAGAACGCUCAACCAAUGCACUGGAGAGGACUCUUGCUAUCCUGACAGAAAAGACGCGGCAGCUGGUGACAGUGUGUGACAGUAAGCUGCUAACUACAGCUAUCCAGGCACUGAGUGCUGCGCGCCCGGAGUUCAUCGCAUCCAGAGGCUCUCCGUCCACCCAUGACACUGAGCGCGUGGUCCUGAGGAACGAUCAAGGCUCUCCACAGGCCAAAUGGAGCGGGAAGGGGAACAGAGCAUCCAUGAAUUUAAACUGGCAGGAGGAGGAGUGGGAAAAGAUCUGGCAAAAUGUGGAUAAGAGUCUGGAGUGUGUGAUCCGCUGUGUGGACAGGCUGCUGACGAGAGAACGGUUGCAGAGCGACAGCAGUGAAGACGUCUUCUUGUCUGACCAACAGGCCGACACUAGCAAGAGAGGUAGCCAGGGCAAUGCAUUCUGGAUCAACCCUGGUGACAGGCUCUUCUCCCCUUGCUCCUCCACCGCUCUGACCUCAUCACAACCUCUUUCAGAUCAGUCCUCUUCACCAUCCUCAUCACCCUUACUGAACCCUGCAUGUCCAUCCAGUCCUAACACUCACUCCUAUAGUCCCAGUGUUGAGGGGUCCUCUCCUGGUGAAUGGAGUGAUGCUCUGUAUCCCCUCCUGACCACUCUGAACGAGUGUGUAGCCAUGAUGAGCGACAAAGCCAAGAAGUCCAUGGUGUUUCUACUGAUGCAAGACAGCGCUCCCACUAUCGCCAUGAGUUUGUCACUACAGUACCGCAGAGAUGUGGUGUUCUGUCAGACACUGACGGCAUUGAUCUGUGGAUUUGUGAUAAAGCUGAGGAACUGUCUAAGUGACAGUGGCUUCCUCAGACAACUCCACACCAUCGGCUUAUUGGUCCAGUUUGAGGGUCUCCUGAGCACCUAUGGGGAGGAACUCUCCAUGCUGGAAGACAUGAGCGUAGGCGUCAUGGACCUUCGGAAUGUCACCUUUAAAGUUACACAGGCAACCUCCAGCUUCAGCCCCGACAUGCUGCCUGUCAUCACGGGCAACAGAGACGGGUUUAACGUGCGUGUUCCGUUACCGGGGGUGAUGUUUGAUGCGUUGCCACGGGAGAUUCAAAAUGGGAUGCUGUUGCGUGUUCAACCGGUGUUGUUCAAUGUAGGAAUCAAUGAGCAACAAACACUAGCGGAAAAGUUUGGAGACACUUCGCUGCAGGAAGUAGUGAAUAUGGAGAGUCUAGCUCGUCUUACAUCCUAUUAUGACCAGUUUAAAGAAGUGCUGCCUGAAGACUGUCUCCCCCGCUCUCGCAGUCAAAACUGUGUGCCUGAGCUACUCAAAUUCCUCAGUCAAAAUGUCAAUGCCAGGAAGAGCAAGAAUGUGGACAUCCUGUUGCAGGCAGCAGAGGUUUGUCGGCGUCUGAAUGGUGUGCGCGUGACCAGCUGCAAGAGUGCAAAGGAUCGCACGGCCAUGUCGGUGACCCUGGAGCAAUGUCAUAUCCUCCAGCAGGAGCACUGCAUGGCCCCGCAGGUCUUCACCCAGGCCUUGGAAUGUAUGCGCAGCGAGGGCUGCCGGCGAGAAAACACCAUGAAAAACGUAGGCAGUCGCAAAUACGCCUUCAACUCCCUCCAGCUGAAGACUUUCCCUAGGCAGUACAGACCACCAGAGGGCACCUAUGGGAAAGUGGAGACUUGAGCUGACAAGCAGUCCGCUGUUCUAGCCCGCUGGGACUAGAGCUGCAUGUUUCUCCUUGUUCGCUUUACUUUAUUACCACAUAUCUGAUGGAAAAGUUUGAUUAUGCACAGUCAUGCUCUGGUUAUCAUCCAGAUGACAAUGUUAAUAUUUUCAGAUCCCCGAACCUCCUCUAUGAACCGUGGCUCUGAGAAGAAA